CAGUUCAACGCUAGCAAAAUCAGGCGAGAUUCCGCAGCGUCCAUCCUGUCUGACAAGUGAAUGGAACCGCCUAAAAAGUUUGAGUUUUCUCACGAAACAUAGCCAGUUAUUUGUCGACAUCGCAAGCGAGGUACAUGGGAGAUAUGGGAAGAGAGAAGGACGGUAAAGGCGAAGGCAAGGCCAAGAACAAGGCAACGAAGCUGAAAAGGCUGAGUGAUUAUGAAAGCGCUGGUGCCGGGGGAGAUAGCAUCAAGAACAGUGCAAAAUCAACUAAAUCUACAGAGAAAACUGAGAAUGGAAAGUCUCAUAAAAAGAUCAAGACACCGAAGACUGAAAGCAAAGAGUCAGCCAUCAAUCCCAGAGAGUCGCUGAAACAGGAGCCAGAGGAUGAAGACUUCGCUGUAAAGAACAAAGGCUUGAAAAGGAAAAGAGUCAAGGACGAGCCCAUGGAAGGCUCUUCACAUGCCUCUACCACGUCUACCUCCAAGAAGAAAAAACAGCGAGAUGGGCAUGAAAGUGACGGAGAAGCUCAGAAGAAGAAGUCAAAGAAGAGAAAAGAAAAGAUGGUGAAGAAAGAGGAGGGAGAGCAUCCAGUCUCCAAAAAACCUAAGAGGACAAAAGAGGAAAUUCAAGAGGCAAAGCUGUUGAAGAUUAAAAAGAAGGAGGAGGAGGAGCAGAGUCGCUGGAGAUGGUGGGAGGAAGAGAAGUAUGAAGAUGGGGUGAAAUGGAAGUUCCUACAACACAAUGGACCCUACUUCCCUCCUGACUACGAGCCUUUGCCAGACAAUGUUCACUUCUACUAUAACGGUAAGAAGGUGAAGCUGAGUCUGGCAGCUGAGGAGGUGGCGUUGUUCUUUGCCCAGAUGUUGGACCACGAGUACACAACCAAGGCAGUGUUUCGGGAGAACUACUUUAAAGAUUGGAGAAAGGAAAUGACCCAUGAGGAAAGGUCACUGAUUAAAGAUCUUGACAAAUGUGACUUUGGAGAGAUGCAUGCCAUGCAUAAAGCCAAAGUGGAGGCCAGGAAAGCCAUGACAAAGGAGGAGAAACUGGUUUUGAAAGAGGCCAACCAGAAGAUAGUGGAUGAGUACGGCUACUGUCUGCUGGACAACCACAAAGAGCGUAUUGGCAACUUUAAGAUUGAGCCUCCGGGGCUGUUCCGGGGCAGAGGAGAGCAUCCCAAACAGGGCAUGCUGAAGAAAAGGAUCCAGCCAGAAGAUGUCAUCAUCAACUGCGGCAAAGAAUCAAGUGUCCCCAAGCCCCCUGCUGGUCACCGCUGGAAGGAGGUUCGACACGAUAACACUGUGACGUGGCUGGCCAGCUGGACAGAGAACAUCCAGGGCUCCAUUAAAUACAUCAUGCUCAAUGCCAACUCAAAACUCAAGGGCGAGAAAGACUGGGAGAAAUAUGAGGUCGCUCGGAAACUGAAGACAUGUGUGGACGACAUCCGUAACCAGUACAACCAGGAUCUCAAAUCUAAACAGAUGGGCACACGACAAAGAGCUGUAGCCCUCUACUUCAUAGACAAGCUGGCACUGAGAGCUGGUAAUGAGAAGGAGGAGGGAGAGACGGCAGACACAGUUGGCUGCUGCUCGCUGCGUGUGGAGCACAUCAGCCUGCACGAGAAACUGGACGGCAACGAGUGUGUGGUGGAGUUCGACUUCCUGGGUAAAGACUCCAUUCGCUACUACAACAAGGUCCCCGUCAUCAAGAAGGUUUUUAAGAAUCUGAAACUGUUCAUGGAGAACAAACAACCUGGAGAUGACCUCUUCGACCGCCUAAAUACGGGCAUGCUGAACAAGCACCUGAGCUCUCUGAUGCCCGGUCUGACUGCGAAGGUCUUCAGGACGUACAACGCUUCCAUCACCUUACAGCAGCAGCUCAAAGAGCUCACAAACAAGUCUGACAAUGUGGCAGAGAAAAUGCUGUCCUAUAACAGGGCCAACAGAGCAGUUGCCAUUCUGUGUAACCACCAGCGGGCGCCGCCAAAGACCUUUGAUCAGUCUAUGGCUAACCUUCAGGCCAAGAUUGAUGCACGAAAGGAAACUCUGGCCCUAGCAAAGACAGAGCUGAAACAGGCCAAGAAGGAAGCCAAGACCAAAGGCAGCUCAGACCCCAAGCUGCAGACGCUGGUGGAGCGGAAGAAGGCAGCAGUGAAGCGCUGUGAGGAGCAGCUACUGAAGAUGGAGGUCCAGGCGACUGACAGAGAAGAAAACAAACAGAUUGCACUGGGUACCUCAAAGCUCAACUACCUGGACCCACGCAUCAGCGUGGCUUGGUGUAACAACAUGGAGGUACCUGUAGAAAAAAUCUACAAUAAGAGCCAAAGGGACAAGUUCGCCUGGGCCAUCGACAUGACGGAGGCAGACUUUCAGUUCUGAGUUUACACAUCUAAAACCCCAGUCUCAUUAACUCAUACUAAGAUGCAAUUAAGGAAUCUUAUAAUACAUACAGAACUUUAACAUUGUAUUCUUAAUAUGUUCAGACUACUGGUCUUGUAAUUCAUGAUUGUUUACUGUUCAUUUGUUUGAUGCUUUUGGCACUUAAUUUUGUUGAUUACUUUUGCUUGUAAAUUUUGUGUUUGCACUAAUUUGAAUAAAGGUUCCUACUGUGCAGUAAAGUACCACACUUUUUAGUGAACAUUGCUGCAGUUACCUCUAA